GGCUAAAAAUUAGCGAGUUCGCUGAUCAAUAAAUGCACAUAGUUCUAUUUGACUCGUUACGAAAACAGUUUGUUUAAUUUUUAAUAAUUAACUGACUGAUUGGGCGACCAACUAGGAGGCCCGGGCACCUCAGCUAAAAUGUUUGGGAGCCCUUCGGGCUCCCCGAAAUUUUGAUUUGGGCGACCAUCUUUUAGGCCUGGGCACCCAAGCUAAAACGCUUGGGAGCCCGAAGGGCUCCCUGAAAUUUUCCUUAGAGCACAGCCUUGUAUAAUGAUGUCUUAUUGAAGUUAGGGACUGAUCAUUAGUUAUGUCAGAGGAGGAAGGGAAAAAUAUGUGGGAAGGAUCAAAAUAUCUUUAAACCCCUUCUCCCCCCUCCACGUAAUGUAAAUAACAAGUGAACCCCCUUCUUUAUUCAAUAUAUUAACAUGAUCACCCCCCCCUGUCAAUUCAUAUCUCAUAUCUCCUCUUACAUGCUUAGUAGUUAAUUAAAAUUCAUGUCACAUACAACCAUAAGAUGACUGCUUUGCAUGACACCCACCUCUGGAAAUGGACCUCUCUUAGAAUACCUCAAACUGCUGAUCCCCCAUAAACUUCUUUAUUAAAAGUUUACUCCCCCCCCUUCUAGCCAAUCCAAAAUAGCCUUUAGUCAAUGCAUGUGUAUGAUGGUCAAGCAUGAGAUAGUUGAUAUCUUUCAUUAUUCAUUUACGUACCUGCUUGCCGUUGUAUUGAAGUGCAAUAAGGAGAAAUUCCUUAAUAGUUAACCCUUUAACUCCCAGAAGUGAUUAACAUGUAACUUCUUCCUACAACAACCAUACAUUAUCCAGCAAACAGGUGACAAGAAUACUCAAACUUAUCAGGUGGAAGUUGCAGUCUUGAUCUAACACCAAAUUCUUGUAACUAAUUUUAAAGGAAACAUAUAGCAGAUAGAGGGGAGAAUUAACAAUCAGAUCUUGGGAAUUAAUGGGGUAAAAGGAUGAUGUUGCUGAGACUGCCUAAUUUUUGUUUGUGUGACCAUUUAGAUAGAAACCUCCUUAAAUGGAAGUGUCAUUUGGAAAUGAUAUCAGGACAAUAAUUUUGUCACUCUGCGGCAUAUUUAUUGCUCAUUCUACUUUGUUUUCAUUUCAGAUUCAAGAAAGUGUAUUGAUUCCAGUUGUGGCCAAUGGAGAUAUCAAAACAGAAUCAGAUGUUAUAAAUGUCCAUGAAAAAACAGGAGUCAAUGGUAAAUUUUUCAACUUUUGUAUGCGUAUUUUCCAUGUUGUUCUCUGAAUAUUUCCUAAGGUGCUGACAAGGAUAAUUUAUGUAACAAUCAAGAGCUUCUUUUGUUGGUGAUCAUUUAAUUUAUUUUAAAGUUUGAUUCCGCAGUGAUAUUUUAAAGAGAAAGAUGAUGCCAAUUGCUCUUGUGGGUUAAAGGUUUAUUGUGCCAUUGGGACUGAGAGUAUUCUUUUACAUCAUUACAUGCAAUUUUUGUUGACAAUAUAUCGCUGUACUGCAGGUGUGAUGGCUGCCAGAGGAAUUUUGAACAACCCAGCAAUGUUUGCAGGGUAUCAGUCAACUCCUUUACAAUGUGUCACAGAUUGGGUAAGUCAUAGAGAUCACUGGUCUGUCUCAGGUUUUCUAGGAAACUUAGGUCACUGUAGAGCAUAGCAAACUUCCAGAAAAGAUUUGGAUCCAUACUCUACAGGAAGAGUGAACCAUUUUGCUCAUUAAUUUUGAUAUAAUUAUUUUAAAGGUAAUUCCUCAGAAAAAAAAAGUUAUGGAACAAUUUUUUUAAACUUUCCUUAAAUUUUCCUUCCCUACCAAUGUCUGUUUUGAAAAUACAAUAAAAUGCUUGUUUAGGAGAUACAUGGGGCCAAACGUACCCCAUUUAUGCUUGUAGAGGAGUUAAUCACACACAUCAUUUCAUCAGUUCACAGUACAUUUUGCUGCAGCUGGAAGCAAGGGUUUUCAAAGUAACACUUGGAAAAUCUUGAUAAGUAGAAAGUCUCAAGCAUAUAGAAGUUUGAUAUAUAAUAUGUGGGAACAUCACGCAAAUUUAAAUGACAAUGACUUAAAAAUGUUCUUUGAGUUUAAUUUCCCCUAUUCAAAGGGGAUAAUUUUUUCACCAAAAUUAUGCAAAAAACAAUCCAGGUCAUCAUGGACCAGCAUCCCAUCCAGGGGGGAGUAGUAAUGCUCUUAGUGGCUUCAUGCAAAGGAAACUGUGAUAAACUCCAACUGGAUGGGCUAUUUAGCUUAAGGACAGACUUUGCCUACAAGUAUUUUUUAAAUAAAUUGUUCACAACUGCACUAUUUUAGGUUGAUGUUGCUCUUUCCCUUGGCACUCCUUUCACCAACUUUCAUCAUCAUUUGAUUUACAUGUUAGAGAAAGUGACAACAAAAGCAGGUAAACAUAAGGAUGGGGAUGUGAAUUGUUAAACAGCUUAUUAAUCCUUGAACCCCUAAGAGUGACUAGCAUCUAAUUUCUCCUUACAAUGUCACUCCUGAAUCACAUAUUAACAUCAUGAGAAUCAAGGAAAUGAUCCCCAACAAAAGAAACUCUUGAUUGUUAACCAAAUUCUCCUCAUCAGCACCAUAGUAAAUGUACAGAGAACAGUAUGGAGAAUAUGAAUACAAAUGUUAGGAUGUAAAAGUUAAUGGUGGGUGCUGAAUGAUGCUUAUGUUUGGGAGUUGGGUUGAAUUAAAUUGGAAAUAUUUUGGGGUAAUUUAAGUGUUCUCAACUGAGUUGAUAAUGUAAAUUGGCCACUGUAAAGACUUUAAAGGCGAGCUAGGUGUCCAAUUUAUAUUAUCAACUCAGUUGAUAACACUAAAUUACCCUGUUAUACUCUCCCACCAACGCAGCACCACAGUUUUCUUUAGAAACUUGCUCCCUUUAUUCAUUUGAAAUAUUUUUGGCCUCAUACAGCUAAAGAUAGGCUACAUUUCUGGAAAUAUUUGACAUUUUCCUCAAAAUUUUCCAUUUAGAAAAUCUCCCCUUUAUUUCAUAGCUAUAAUCCAUUAUGUAUUGCUGAAGUUUGUUUUAUCUCUUUUUUUGCUUUUUAGACAGAAGAGUGUUCAGUGAGCUUAAAAGUAUACCUUCAGUUCUGGAAUAUCUUAGAAUAAAUUACAACGUCUAAAACAAGAACAUGAUGUAAAAAGUUUACUGUAAGUCUGUUGGGAAACACUCAGUGUAACUGUUGGAUUAUCAAUGGUGAAGGAGGCAAGGCAAAUGAAGAACUGAGCACAAACAGUAAAUGGCAUGACAUGAAGUUGCUAAAAAAUGAAGUUACUUUUUCUGCUCUGCAAUGAAUGUUGGCUCAAAGUCAGGGGUUUGAAUAAAAGCAGGUUAGCAGAGAUCUACCACCACUUUUAAAACCUCCUUCUGCAGUCUGUUUAAUCUGGAGCAGGCUGUUGUGUGGGUUUUGUAUCAUGGCCCCUUUUCAGGCACAGCCACCCAUUAUGCAAAUGUACACCAUUCAUCAGCCACUCAUGGUAAAACUUAUUUAAACUGCAAAGUGUCAGAGAAGAAUUAAUUUAGCCAUGUGUGAAGACAACAAGUGAAAGUGAUGGUGAAUGUAUUAGUUUAGUUUUAUCUAGGAAGUGAUUUCCCAAGCAGACCUCUAACACCAAAUUCUCAUAACCAAUUUACUAGGAAUGUGUAGCAGCCUUUGACCCUUAAUCCAGUGUGCUAACUACCACAGAAGCUGGUUAAAACUCUUGAACUCCCAAGAUCUGAUUGUUAAUUCUCCCCUCUAGCUGCUACACAUUUCCUUUCAAAUUAAUUAUGAGAACUUGGUGCUUGAUCAAAAUAGUAGCUUCUACCUGAUAAGUUUGAAUAUUCUCAUUACCUG